AGGAGGCUUAUUUAGUGACUGAAGGCAUUUCUGCGGAAUGGCUUAAAUAAAUGAUUGAUGUUUGUGAUACAAUUCUUGUGGAGUCACGAACACGCAAUUGUGAAAGAGGAAGAGUACACAGCAAACAAUGGAGGAGAGGAAACCUUUGAAUUCUGCUUCUGCUCUAAAUGUGGAAGAUAGCGACAGCCGCAGCAGACACCAUUCAACCGCAAAAAAGCUCAAAGUCACUUUUCUGGCACGUGGGUGGAACGAACUCCGCGACGAAACUGAGAUAAUCAAAGAAAUAGCGAAAUACAUGGCUAAGAGCUCUGAGGUUACCAUAACUAUCCUUGUUCCUGAAUGUAAUGAUGAAGAUAAGGAAGCAGCUAAACGUCAAAACAUCAACCUUGUUAUGGCAGAUAAAAAAAUUGGCUUCGCUGGACUGGAUUUUCUCAGCUGGGCGCCAAAGGAGAUGUCAAUUGACAUUGUUGUAGGAAGUGAUAUCGAGCUCGGUCGCCGUGCAUCAGCAAUAAGGGAUUCCCGAUCCCCCGACUGUAAAUGGGUCCAAUUUGUUCAUAGAUCCCAUGAGGACAUUGAAAAGCACAAGGAGAAUUCAAAUCGAACAGAGACAGAGGAAAAACAUAAUAUAGAAGUUCAACUUUGCAAAAGUUCUGACUCUGUCGUAACAAUUGGACCCAAGGUACAUGAAACUUUUUGCUCCUAUCUCCGCCCUUAUGAGAAAGAUGAACAUGUCUACAAUUUUACCCCUGGUAUUCUGACCGAGCUUUCUGGAUUGAGACAAAGUCAAAAGGAAUUAAAAUAUUUCCGAGUCGUAUGCUUUUUCAGUGGAGAUUUGAAAGACUUUGAUCUACAAGGACUUGACAUUGCAGCUGAAGCUGUCGCUACGUUGAGAGAUUGUCGUCUUUUAUUUGUCGGUGCACUAGAUGGGAUGCAAGAUGAGACAAAAAAGCGGUUCGUUGAGUGUGGUAUCGAUCCUAAAUUUUUCGUGAUACGAAGCGUUAUCCACACCCAGGAAAAGUUAAAGAAGGUGCUUCUUGAAGCAGAUCUUGCUAUUAUGCCCUCGAGGGAAGAAGGUUUUGGUUUUAAGCUUCUUAAAGCUUUAUCAGCCGGUCUACCCAUCCUCGUCAGUUCGAACUCAGGAUUGGCCGAAGCUUUGAGGAGAAUACCAUUUGGUCCUAAUUUUGUUGUUUCAUCAGAUGACUCUGGCGCGUGGGCUGAAGCAAUUGACAGCAUCCGCAAGAAGGACAGGUGCACGAGACUAAAAGAAAGUGGAAAAUUACGUCUUUUGUACCAAGAGAUGUACAGUUGGGAGAAACAGUGUAAAACCCUUCUUCAGAAUAUAUUCAGAUUUACGAAUGGUAUGAAUUUUGACAACGACCACGACGACCACAGAGAGCAUUACUACGACGCUGAAGAAGAAACCGAGAACCCGCAAGCUGGCGAGUCCGUUUUAACAAGGAGGCCCGUGCAAAACUUUGGCUCUCGCACCUCUAAAGGAGCUACUGCAAAACUUGCCAACGAAAGCCCGUCUGUUAACAAGGAAAUUGCAGUUGAUGGUGAUGGUUAUGGCGACACUGCAUUGCAAAACUUUGGCUCUCGCACCUCUAAAGGAGCUACUGCAAAACUUGCCAACGAAAGCCCGUCUGUUAACAAGGAAAUUGCAGCUGAUGGUGAUGGUUAUGGCGACACUGCAGCACAUAUUCCGAAAUUUCCUGUGAAUCCAGUAACGGAAGAGAUUCCUCAGAAUGGUAUGAAUUACUUCAUUGUUGCGUAG